UAGUAGGAUUAAAAUUCAGGUUCUAACCCCACAGCUAGGUAGAACUCAAGAGAUCCACUUAAUGAUGAUAUAAUAAAAGACACCGGAACUACUUUCUGAGAAUUCAUUAAGAGCUUGUCCUUUGAAACACUACUCACUUUUAUCCACUACAUAUGUCCUGAGGGCUAAGAAUAGUUUCAUGUUGUGGCUCUAAAGAAAAAGAAUCUCAUCUUCUUGUACCUUCUUAACAAAAAAAAAAAAAUUCCAACUUGCACCAGCAGACAAUUUCCUCCUGUAUAAAAGGAGCUCGAAUGGCAAUCAGUUAAAACAUCCCACCAUCCUCCUUGACUAUUGUAUACUCCCUUGACUGAAGCAGCUAUUCACUUCCCUCCUUGUUCUCAUCAUUUUUUCACCAUAAUCCCCUUUGUUAUUCAUUCACCUUGACAAUGGCAUCAAACUUCAUCUCCUCUUCGCGAAACUCUGCUUCUUCCUGGACGCAAAGGCAGAACGAGCAAUUUGAACAUGCUUUGGCAAUAUAUGACAGGGACACCCCUGACCGCUGGCAUAACAUAUCCAGGGUGGUGGAUGGAAAAUCCGCGGAAGAAGUUAAGAGGCACUUCGAACUCCUUGUGAAAGACAUUAUGAAAAUAGAGUCUGACCAGGUACCAUUACCCAAUUACAGAACCAGCGGAGCCAAUGGGAGAGCAUUUGAGAAUGAACAGAGACUGUUCAAGAACAUAAGGCUCCAGUAAAGCAAUGCGGGCACUACUCAACUUAUGCAAAAUAAAUUUGUAGAAGGAGCACAAUUGUAUAAAGUGGAUGGUGCUCAAGCUUCCUAAAUAUUAAAUGUCUAUGUACUUAGUAUUGUACUUCCUCCAUUUCGAAAAAAUAAGAGCUGGCUGUUGCCUAUGUUAUUUACAUGGCAAAGAGAUCAGCUUAUGUCUAAAUAAAGAGAGGAAGGAUUAUCUGCAUUUCUGUAACAAAAAUUGUACCAGAAACAACGUUUAUGUCCAUUUGUAUUUGAUGUAA